UCGUGGGGGCAAGGGAGAAAAGGCUACUACCUGCAUUGUAGCAUGGGUCCCACUCCCCUCACUCGCUCUCUCUCCCCUCGAUCUCAUCGCUCCGCAAAAGGAAGUCGGCGGUGCCUAAUUUCGCACAGACGUGCGCAUCCAGUAAUCAGGUUAUUCAGAAGAGCUUGUUGUCUUCAAGGGACACCUCGACCUGAACUUUUUUUCUGUGGUUCUUUUGACGUCAUGCAUAAAUAGUCAUUGCGAUAUUGACGUCGAUCGGAAGGUCAGACAACGAUGGAAAAAUAAACUAUCAGCUCAUUCUGCAAAGCGCUAAGAUCGGAAAAGUAUAGAAUCCUGGGGAGGAGGCGCGUGAACCGAUUUCCGUUAAUGGCUCAAAAACCAACCAUCAUCUCCUGAAGGCAUCACUGGACAUUAUGAGUUUACAGGGCAAUUUCAGUGGCCCCUUCGCCUCUGAAGCUCAGGACAAUGAAGGUGGAGAGACCAAAAAUAACAACAAGCCAGCAUGUUUUGUAGCCCAGGGUGAUGCCAAUGCCAACGCCAUCCAGGUGGCGGUUACAGGCCAUGUGGGCACUCCUCCUCCGCUGGUGUCGCAGAGUGACGGGCAAGACAAGAUUGACAGCUGGGAAAUGGAGUCCCCGGUUGAUGACCCUGACCUGGAAGAGUUCGAGCUGCUAGAAUGCCAGGAACUUGAGGCUUUCUUGGAAGCAGAGAUGGAACAUCAUGAGAAAGCAGAUGAGGCUAUGCCAGUAAGGGAACUACUUUCUGGCCAAAACAUUGUAGAGUGCAACUCUGCUAGUGCUGAAAUUAUGAGUGAUGGACAGAAUGAUGCACAUGAAGAAGACAAAGCAACCUCAGGUGGAGGAAGGUCCAUAUCGCACUUCCAUUCAGGGAACGAUGCUUUGGUAUCUCGCCUCUCUGCUUCUAUUUCUGGGGAAAGCACAGGACGGGCACCUGCCACAGACUCCCAGGUUACUUCGGUUAGACUAAAUUGGGCCGCACAACCCAUACGCACUACCUCAGCCAAAUUUGGAAGCUUGCAGCGACCAAGUAAGUCUGUUGUCUUCUGCGGAAUGAGCAUGGUGCAAUCCAGCAGCAACAAUCUAAACAGGAACUCCUCUACUCUGUCUCAGGAACCUUCCCAGGAUGCUCCACUGGAACAAGCAAGCCAUGGAUUAAAAAGAGGUUCCGCUGAACAAGACUCUGGAACACUUAUCAAUGGUGCGGGCAAAUGUCAGCAGAAGAGGUUGGAUACAAAAGAGAGAAAGCACUUACAACAGCAGAACACCCAAGAAAAGAUUUACAAGUCAGGAAACGGCGUGUCUUCUGACCCAACAACCAGUGAAAGGGUACAGCUAAGUCAGCAGCUACUAAACCGCACAUCCUGCACUGAAACAGAUAAGGGACUGUUUGCAGGUCGUUCUGUUGUGGAAGGUCGGUCCUUGCACCUGAUUUCCGAGUCUCUAGAAAGAUCUAGUCAUAAAACAAAUCAAACGGUUGCUGAGAAACCAGAGCAAAAUACUAGUCACCAGGGAAUAUCCCGUCACACGGAGCCUAAGACUGUUCAGAAACAGCACUCAGGAGAUCAUGAGCAGAGCGCAAGUCCCUCCAGCCUGGAGAACAUGACGAGCCUGACUCCGAGGUCUUGCGACAGCCCUACGUCUGCAAUGAGCCAUUCAACUCCCAGGACUAUAGGGUCACCAAAGAAGAGACUCUUAUCAUCUCCUAGCAAAGGUGCCAGUUCACGUAUUUCCCAUCCAGAUCUUGACAAUGAUCAACAGCUGCUCAUAAGUGGGCUGAAAGCCCCUUCCAAGGUGUGUGUCAGUAGUGGCAUUCCAAAACCAAUCCUUCAUCAUCCAUCUAAAAUAAUGGAGAAGACUGAGCUGGAGAACAGUAAUGAGAGGUCCCCUCCACCCAAACCCAAAAACGUUCGCCCCAAGAUUAUCACAUACAUCCGCAAAAGCCCUCAGGUCAAACCACAUGGGUUGGAGGCACCAUAUGAAGUCUCCCCUCUGCCCACAAGGCUCUCACCUUACAGCAGCCCCCCAUCUACCAGGGAUACGAAAGCACUUGUAGACCCCAGGACCUCACCAGUGCUCAGUGCAUCCAACCUGCUGUAUGACAAGUAUCGACAGGAAAUGCAGAAGACGAGCCUUUUUCCUACAGGACUUAUGGUGUCUGGAAUCAGACCUCCAAGCCAUAACAUCCACCCCAAGCUGACGGGGAAACCUGAGGGCUUCUGUGGAGACCUGCCCCAGGUUAGCCACGGGGUUGGCAAACAGAAGGACAUCGCAGCCUCUCAGUUCAGCUGCCACGAGGCUGCAGGUGCGUUCCGUGCUCCGAGGGCCCUGAGACCUCAGCUGGGCCUUGGAGCUGUAAACCGGAUCCCAUCCAUGAAGAGCCGGAUGCUCCUGGCUGGUCAGAAGUCUGCUUUAGUCGUGAGCCAGCCAGUGCAGGCGGUCACCCCGAUUUCUCAUGCUUACCAGGACCCAGCAGGUGAGAAGAUCAUACUCAUCUGCAGCACUCCCUCCAAAUCUGAUCUGAAGAAGCCCACCCCGGCGCCAGCCCCCAAGUCCUUUCUGCCCAAACCCGGGCAGUCAGGUCUGCGUCCCCCAGGCUAUUCCCGCCUGGCACCUGCCCGUCUGGCUGCCUUUAGCUUCGUCCGGAGUGCCAGCAUCUCAUCGACAUCCAGCAACCAGUCAAACGACAGCACCCGCAGCGACCCCUGCCGCCCUGUGAAUCGCUCCAGCUGUGGCAAUGAGGAUCCUCAGCCCUCCCCCAAGGCUGCUCCUGCACCUAAUGAGGCUCCCAGAGCUCCCAGCCGGAGCAGCCCCCAACCCCCCAGCACCCCCAUCCCUGCCCGCCGGUCUCUCCUACCCGCAUCUCGCAGUUCCCCAGUAGCUUCUAGGAAGGAAAUCCAGAGUGAAGGGGAAGCUCCCAGGCCCACAGUAUCCUCACCCAAGAGGUUUGCUGUGGUAUCGCCCAGGCCACAGUCUCCAGUCCACGCACGUCAGAAGCCGGGGACUGCAAGGGCCCCAGUAGCCAGUGACCCUCCCAGGCCAGGGCCGGUGGGAGGGCAGGACACGGAGGCGGCAGCGGCGGCGGUGAAACAGCUACGGGAGCGAUGCCAGGAGCAGGCACGCAGGCUGCUGCGCUUACAAGCAGAACUGAGAAAGGCCACGAGCUGCCUGGAGGCCUUCGCCAUCAGCACCCAGCACUUCUGCCUCAAGAGUAACCAGGCCACCCAGAAGGAGAAGGAGCUGUGCCUGGAACUCGAGAGGAUCAGAGAUGAAGUGGCCUCCAGCACAUCUCGCUGGGAGCGCCUACAGAAGGACAAGGAGGCCCUGGAGCGGAGCUUUGAGCGUGAGCUACAGGUGCUGCAGACACAGCAGGAGGCGGAGCUUGGCGCUCUGGAGGCGGGGCUAAGGGCUCAGCACAUGGAGGAGAAGGAACACUUGCGAUUUCAGCAUCAGGCUCAGCUGGAGGAGCUGCAGAACCAGCAGCAGGACAAGAUUCAGGACAUGACCAUGAACCACGAGGUGGCCAUGGAGGAAAUGGAGAAUAGUCAUAACUCGGCCGUGGUAGCACUCCGGGGAGAGAAUGAGGCCGCUCUGAUAGAGCUGAGGAUGACGCACGAGCAUCAGAGGAAGGCCAUGGAGGAAAACUUUGAGCAGAUCAGGCUUUCACUUCAGGACCAGGUGGACACGCUGACAUUCCAGAACCGCACCUUGCGAGAUCGGGCCAAACGUUUCGAGGAAGCGCUCCGGAGGAGCACCGAUGAACAGAUUGUGGAUGCCCUGGCCCCUUAUCAACAUAUUGAGGAGGAUCUGAAGAGCCUGAAGGACGUGCUGGAGAUGAAGAAUCAGCAGAUCCAUGAGCAGGAGAAGAAGAUCUGUGAGCUGGAAAAGCUGCAGGCCCAGAAGAACAUCUUCCUGGAGGAGCGAGUCCAGGUGCUGCAGCAGCAGAACGAGGACCUGAAAGCCAGAAUCGACAACAACCUGGCUCUCUCCAGGCAGCUCUCCGAGGAGAACGCCAACCUGCAGGAGCACGUGGAGAAGGAGAGCAAGGAGAAGAAGCGACUGAGCCGCAACAAUGAGGAGCUGCUCUGGCGUCUUCAGACGGGCGAGCUGAGCCCCCGAACGCUCUCCCCGUCCUCGUCACCAGCCCAUCGCGGCUCUCCGGGGGCCACUUCCCCCUCCUGGCCACAGCCCCUCCCCAGAUGAGCUACUUCCCUCCCAGCGUCUCGUCCUCUAUCCGUCCCCGGUGCCACACACGUCCCCCAGCUCUCCCUCAUAGCUCUCUGCACCCUAAUGAUUCUGACCUACAACUCGCCGACCUGUGCUGAACAGACCCUAACCUGUUUUUCCCAAUAAUAUUUCCCAUCUUCAAUUUGCAGAAGAAAGACUUGUGUAUCAUUUUGUAGCUUAAGGAUGAACUUGUGAUUCCUGUCCAGUCACACGCAGUACAUAUUUACAGACAGAUAUAGACGUAUCACUUCUCCUUUGCAGACUAUAUAUCUUCUCCUGACUUUGAAGUUAGAGAAACAUUCUCUGACUUCUUGGAACUGUAAAUGAACAAAUUUGCGAUAAGUAGAGUUUUUUUUUUUUUAGUCAUUAACAGUUUCAAUAUUUCUUCUUUUUUUGAAUAAUAAAAAUUAUAUAGACAAGGAUGGCAGAUAUCACUGCUGGCUUCACAGACGUAGGUCCAAGUGCCAGCAACCAAGAAAAUGGACUGAAAGCACGUGCAGAUCUAUAUCUGAGGAACGUCUGUCUCCAUGUGGGUGCAUAUCUAUAGGCUUUGUUUAUUCUCUCUUCUACUGAGUGGCAGGAUUGUCCAUUCUGAGGAAACUCUGUCAGGAUACAGCUGCAUCUCUUCAAAGAAGCGCCUUAGUUUCCAGGCCCUUUGCCCAAGUGGCCUUCUGACCCUUCUACCAGCAGUCUCAUACUGGUCAGCCUAACCAAGUUAAAUGAACUCUCUCCGAGCAGAGAUGGACCUCCCUCAUCUGCAGCGGUCUCAUUCUGGGCAGGUUCUAUCGGGGCUUAGCCUCAUCUGAGAUGUGGUGCUUUCGUCAGCCACACUAGGACGCUCUUAUGCCAACGAGAAGGAACUUGCUGAGGAGGAUCUAAGUAGGGAUGGUCCAGUCUGGGACAAUCCUAUUUGGAGAUGCCAUACAGGAGCAGCCGACCCCAACAAAACACAACCAUAUUACCAAGUAGGCAUGCAUCUAGGGAUGCUUCUAUCAAAGGGGGCUGUCUCCUUCCUGACAAUAAGGUACAACAAGAGUGAAACUAGGAUGUCAACAGAUGGACAUGGGGGCAUUAGAGAAGCAAAUGUAUUAAAAGCAAUUGCUCUUGUUCCUCGCUGACGUUUGUAAAUUAUCAGACAACUUUGCAGUGUAACGCAUGCAAGUCUUCCAGCUGUUAUGAAUAACCUCGAAUUAUUGUGUUUUUUUUUUUAUCAAUACGUGCAAGGUGUAGACAGACAUAGCAUGUCUGAAGAUAAAUGUCGCUAAUGUGGUGCACUGGGAGAAUCCAGGUACUUCUCACCUGGUAAGCAUGAGGAAAACUCCUUUCUUUUGAAUGAGGGAGGGAGAUUUAUUCUCGAUUGGGCAGCGGCAGGGGGAGGGGAUGAUGUGUGAAGUAUUUCUGUACUGUGAUGUUCAGGGAUUAUCGGCAUGCCGGUUUAAACACAUGCGUGAAGGGAUAAAAUCACCAGUGAGUCCAGGUUACUUGGAGACAGCCAGUUACUUCACAAAUGCACAAGGUCACAUUGAAACAUCCUUCCAGGCAUGAUCUUCAGCUUGCGGUGCUCGGGGCUUGACGAUAAAAGUAGCCCCUGUCAUGUUUUCGUUGCGUUUUAUUUUUUUGUCUUAGACUUACUCUUGAUGUCUGCAAGAUUAGUGGGCUACACUAGUUAUCUGAAGCUGGUGAAAACGGCACACAAGCAGAAGGGGCGUGUACCUGAAUGUGAUUGGAUACUUUAGACAGGAAGUGUGAGUGAAUGGUCCGUAUCAAAAUAUGCUGAAGGAACAGAGCAUGUCUACUACUGUGGAAAUAGGCACUUUAUACCAAGUCAAAAUGUACAGUAUUGUGCACAAAAUUGUGAAUUUAUUUAUUUGAAUAAUUCAUUUGCACUUUUUUGUUUUAUCAAGGUGUGUUUUUUUUGUUUUUCUUACAAUGACAGGUAAGAAGAUGGUAGGAAAGUCCGUUUAAUGAGCAUUUACACAAAUCACAAAGAAAGUGUUUAUAGAUUUUAAAAAAAGUUUCAGACAAACUGAAAAAAGUCAGUUUUCAUAAGUAAUUUAUAACAGGGACCAUUUUUGUCAAAUAAAAAGUAGAGUAGGUGGGUUUGUAUACCUAAGCAUUUUAUAGAGUUUAUACUGCAAUAGUAGGAUUGUAGUUUUCUCUUACAAGAAAACAAAAGAUCUAUUUCAGCACCCAACACAAUUUUUAUUAUAAAAUGUUUGAAAUUAUAUUACUUUGUCUUUGAAGUUAAUAUUCAUUGUCAGGAUUAGUUUGUUUAAACAAGCUUCCCAAGUCUUGGAUUACUUUACAUUUUUCCCCCAGUAACGUUAGGUUAAAGUGCUUUUAGUUAAACUAAAAUUUAACUGAAAUGGAGAAUGUUUUACGAAGAAAUAGGCAGAUGGGCAGCGAUGUUAACAAGCGUGUCAGCUGACCUCUGCCUGCUGGAAGGCAUUCGUCAGCAGGCGUCGCUGAUUGUGGUCAGGAGUAUAAGCACUUAAUAUUCACAUGGAAGUCAGGUGGAAUCGAGAUAUAAUUGAAAACGUUUAUUCUGGAAUAAUGGUCUGAGAUGUUACACUGUGAACGUAUAGGUUAAAGAACGUGAAUGAGUACCUAUGAAAGGCAAUACCUCUCCGUUUGUGUCAUUUUAUGUGUAAGAUGUUUCAGGAAAAGUGUAUGAUAACGUAGGUGGUAACGAAUGAGAGCAGGUGAGCUGCCUAGCCAGCAUACCUAUGUAAUAUAUUGCUUCUAAAGCCUGUUUUCAAUAGCUGGCAUCCAACCAUCGGAGCUGCCGUGUAUCAUGGUAAUUGACUUUCCGUCGGAAAGGAAAGUCUUUCGGCUUGGAGCAGAAGCAAGACUUCGGGCUGCUUUGUGGUUUGAACCGCACUUCGCCUCGCGAACUCCGCUGCGAAAAGAAAGCUCUCACUGCUUUAUCCGCUUCUUCACCUUGCGCCAAGCGUCGCGUUUCGAAACAAAAGACUGUGUGAGUCACCCAAAAAAAAACAAACAAACCAUAACACCUCUUUCAAAAUGUCAUUCAAAGUAAGGACCAAACCACAUAUCUGAACGUUUUUAUGCCUACAGUCUUUAGUUUUUUUAACUAAACCGAAUGCAACUCAAUCAGCAAAUAAGUAUUAUAAACCGGAAUCACCUCAGUUACAGGAGAUACUUGGAAUUGCAGGAUUCAGACGUUCUACCAAGCUGCAAAAAAUAUGGAGUAAUGAACAGCAGAGUAUUGUGCAAUUAAAAAUAAAUUCUCUCUGGGUCCAGCUGUACAUAAACACUUAGUGGCCAGUUCAUGUGGUUCCACCUGCUGGCUAAUGUAAAUAUCAUGCCCUUCCCAACAAUGGAUCAUGUGGCUGCAGCUGAUUAUAUACAGCAGACACAAAAUACAGGGGGUCAAGAGGUACAUUUACUGUUUGACUAAGCAUUAGAACGACGAAGACGCCUGAUCUAAGGGGCUUUGAGGGCGGUGUGAUCGUUGGUGUCAUAAAUGGUUGGUCCAGCUUCUCCGAAACAGCCGCCCGACUGGGAUCUUCCUGGGUUUUCACAGAACAAUGCGAGUCAUAUACCCCUGAUACAGUUUUGGAGAUGAAAGUAUUAGCUAGAUGUCCCUAAUAAAGUGGCCACUGAGUAUGUUUAUGUUAUAUAUUCUCAGUAUCAGGUAGCACUGUUCAAUACCACCGGGUAGUGAAGUCGCACUAACAGCGUCUGUGUCCUGUGGACAUCACCCAGCAUUGAAUGUCUCCAAUUAUUUGUAGGAUAAAUUGACACAGUCUGUUGGGGGCUAUUUAUGAAAUACGUUUUGGAACUCUUAUUGUAUACCUGUAUUUGAUUGUACAGUCAAAUGGAUGUUAAUGCCAUACUUCCAUAGGUUGUUUAACACGUUGAUAUAACCGCAUGUUCGUUUUAGCAUCUGAUUGUCUUUUUUAAUCUUCUUUAUAUUAUAGUUAAAGCUGUAAUUCUAGCUUAGGACUGUGUUUCUCCACCCGGUCCUUGGGGACUCUCAGAUGCUGCACGCUUUUGCCCCCUCCCAGCUCCCUGCCAGGCAGUCCACAGCAAGAACAUGGACAGCUUGUGGGUCCCUGUGGACUGGAUUGGGAAACACUGGAUUAGAAGAUUCACUUGGGGUUUUGUAGAACAUAGGACAUGGAACACUACAUGUGUAUGUUGAUGCGUUUCAUUGAAAUUUGAACAACUAGUAAUACUGGUUAAUAAAAAAAAAGUGUGUUCACA